AUGGCGGAUUCAAAAGGUCGAAACAUCCAACCAGAAUCACACUUCCCUUCUCAACAUAAGCUCCGCAAAGCAGCAGCUGAUAAAUUCUGCCCCUUUUCCGGAAUCAUUGUAUCCAAGAACCUCCGACCAACACCUUCAAGCAAACUAUAUCUUUGGUUGUUACAGAAGCUGAGAAGCAGGCUCAUGGCUACAAUAAAGGUUGUUUCUGGUAAAUCAAUGCAAGGCAAAAGUAGUUGGAAUAUGAUGAAGGCAGGGUUGUGA